CCUAAUAUAAAACAGCAUAAGAGAGCGUUGACACGGAUAGGGGGUCUUAAGAAGUUCCCGAGAUGCAGCGGUUUCCUGAUGUCGCCGUUAAGAAAAGCAGCAGAUCCUACGUCGAUAUGGGAUGCAAAGAGAAGGGGAGGGAAAGAGCAACGUGAGAGAUCGAGAUAGAGAGAGAGAGAGAGGGAUGAGACUGAGAUCUGAUCUUCUGGUGUUAUACAGCCGCAGUCAGACGUUAAGCGUGAAAAGGGCAGUCGAGGUGCGAACCAAGGUCCAUUUGGGAUACUGAAGAUAGCUUCACACACAUCGGAAAUCUUACCUGUGCAUAUCAGUGUUCAAUCAAAACUUGGGAUCACCUGAAAUCACCCAUUGCCCCAGUGACAAGGUGCGAAAAUGCAUCUAGGUCAGCAAAACCCUGUGGUGGAUGGGUUAUCAUUAAAGGAGCUGGGUGACAGUGUGCUGGUGGAGGUAGAGCCUCGAAGGAAAGGACUGCCGUUUCUCAAACAUGUGGAGUACCGUAUUGUUAGCAAGUGUUUCCAGAUCCCGGUUCAGCGCAGAUACAGUGAUUUUGAGGUGUUCCAUGGUCUGCUGCUGCAAAAGUUCAUCUACAGGAUGGUCCCGCCUCUGCCCCCCAAACGCAUCCUUAAAGGAGUUUUGAACUCAUUGUCCGACCGAGAGUUCAAUGAUAGCCGCCGUCGCGGUCUACAAAGGUUUAUGACCUUGGUGAUUAGACAUCCAGUCCUGGCAGGAGAUGAGCUGGUCAACAUCUUCCUGUCGGCAAGCGGCGCGGAGGUUCAAAAUAUGCUGCGUGAUUCGUAUAAAAAGACAGGUGACGAGUUUCUGACCUCCCAAAUGGCCUUGCAUGGCAAGGUGUACCUACCCGAGGACAUACAGACCCAGGCUGCCGCUAAUCGAGAGGUCAUUGCAAAUAUCCACAGCAGUUUCAAUAAACUCAGAGAUGUAGCGGAGCGCAUGGCUCAGCGUUCACGAGAGAACUCAACAGAUCUGCUCAUGUUUGGCAAAGACCUGAGCGAACUGGGUUCAGACACAUCAGACCUGCCGGUGAAUGCUACAAUGAGCAAAGCAUGGAAAACACAGAGGAAGUCACUGGUAGAGCUGUCAGGAGAAUUUGGUCUUCUCGCCGACAAAGCUGCACACCAGGGCAGCAGAGAGGAGGACGAGGUGGUGGAGAAACUGAACCUUCUCCUUGAACAGCUGCAGUCAUACAAAGACUUGUGUGACCGUCAUGACAGUGGCGCGUUACUAGAGCAUCAGAGAGCGCUUGAAAAGCGAAGCGGGCCUGUGGCUACACACUUAAAGUACCAGAACAGUACUGAGCAACCGGAGUCUCGACUGUCACAGCAGGAGAACUCAAUUAUCACCAUGGAGAUGAGGAACUAUUUCUCCCUUUUGUGUCUGCAUCAAGAAACCCAGCUGGUCUUCACCUAUCUGCCCCUUGUGACUUCAAUACUGGGGACAUUUGUCCACUCACAAAUACAAGGACACAAAGAGAUGGGUGAUGUUUGGGGUGACCUUCAUCCAAAACUGAAGGACCUUUUUGAAAGUGCUAAUGAAGCUUCCAUUCGCUCUUCGUCUCAAAAACACACCUCCAAAGGACAGAAGACCUGUGCCGUCAUUGGCCCUGCAUAGCCAGGACAGCAAACAUGAGGGAAAUUCCCAGCCUUUUCUCAGAUAACCAAGAACUCAGUGUAUUGCUUUAUGUUUUCCUUCUCUUGACAGUUUAAUACCUUUUUUCAUGACUUUUCCAGAUGUGUAAAUACAAAGAACAUAGUGGCCCCAAAACAUGUUUGAACGCAUAAAACAUAAGUAAACUUUUCAUUGCAUACUAAAUAUAACUGUAUGCUAACAAAUGAUGCAUUCCAAAACGGCUACAUUUUUUGUUAACAAUUUUUUGCACAUAUCUUUAAUCAGGAUUAUUAAAUGUUAUCGAAAAUGCAUAAGAUUUUCUUCAUUUGAAAAAAAAAAUACUUCAAAGUAAAAUAAAAUAUAUAUAAAAUAAAAGUUUAAUCUUAUUUUAUUUUAUAUAGGUACCAAGGCAACAUUUUUCAUUUUCAUGUAGUUUAACCUGAUGUAUGCUAUACAGAUGUAUUUAAAAUGACAAAACAUAUAAACAAAAACUGAAUUCAAAGUAUUAAUAAAAACUCAAUGAUACUAUAAUAACACUGCAUUUAACCAACUAGUCUGAGCAAUAUUUGACAAUCAGAACUUUACUUUUUGUCGUUUUUUUCCAGAAAACUUCUUUUGUGGGCUUGUGGUAUCAUUAUUUCAAUUAAAUAAAUAAACUUUUUCUUUUUAAAAACAAUGAUAUUCAGACAUUUAUAAGUGUCCAAAUACAUUUUGAGGCCACUGAAUAUCAAGAUAUAUUUAUUUUAAAAAAGUUGUAGAAAGACACCCUUUGAGACCAACAUCACUUUUGUCUUUUUCAUUUAUUUCUCAUUUUCCUAUUCUUUUAAUAUGUUUUGAAGCAGUGUGUGAUUAUAUAUUCAAAUAAAUAAAUAAUCCUAAAUCUUCCAAAAUCUGA